AUGCUGUCUGGUGAGGGGUGUCGCUCCGAGGAGCGGUCGGAGCAAGGUGUUCGAGAGGGGCCAGGGACCAGUUUUGGGCCACGAAUUCGAACAGAAUUCAAGUUCAGAAUCAAGAGGGGAACCACGUCUGCGUUUAGGAAAGCGAGGAGGCUGAACAAGAUAGCCCAACAGAAGAUGGAGACGAUUAAAAGGCGGGCAAAGGAAAAGGACACCAAUGUUCAAAUGUUUCAUGUAACUGAUAAUGAAGAAGACUACCUAAUGCCUGAAGAUACAGGUGAUCUGGUUAAAGUUGAAUUUGUCUUAGUGACGAGAAAAUCAGAUAUUGGCAUUGGCAGAAAUGAACUGGAUAGGAGGUUUUACCUGAAUAGGUUGCGAGAGAUAGGCCUUAAUAUAAUGGAAGAGUUAUCAGGUAGACAGGAAAAUAAGGAUGUUGUCAAAGCAUCCUUGAAGAAAUACGACAUUCCUACUGAUUCCUUGGAAUCUCUGGCCCAUCGUGUUCAAAGCGGAGAAAGAGCAUUUAGGAUGAAAAAAGAUGAUGAGUUUGAUAUAUUUUAUGGAAUUCAAGCCCCUGAAAAAUUAUUUGAAAAAUAUAUACAUCUUCUGGAUAUUGCUGAAAGGACAUGUAGCACUACUGGGCUGGAUACAGUCUCAAAGUCAACCAGAAUUCGAAUUAUAAAUUUUAUUCUCAGGAGCACAUCUGUCCCAGGCAUUGGUGGCCUUCGCGAAUUACUAAAAAACAAGACGUUUCAUUCAGCUUUCCCACUUCAUGAGGCAAACAUUUGGAAGAAAGAACAUGUAUUCCAAAAUAAGUGGGCUAAUUGGAAAAGUUUAUUUACCAAACAACCAAUCAAUCACAUAAGGCUCUACUUUGGAGAGCGCCUUGCUUUGUACUACGCCUGGCUUGGCUGGUACACUAUGAUGCUAAUUCCUGCUGCAGUGUGUGGUAUUGUAGUCUUUGUGUACGGAUUAAUCAACUUUGGAAAUAAUCAAGUGAGUAAGGAGAUCUGUGAUGCCCACACGACAAUAAUGUGUCCGCAGUGUGAUCAGAGGUGUUCGUUUUGGAGGCUGUCCGAUACAUGCGCCUAUUCAAAGAUUACGCAACUCUUUGAUCAGGAAAUAACAGUUCUGUUUUCAAUGUUCAUGGGAAUCUGGGCCACUAUAUUCCUGGAGUUGUGGAAACGAACCCGAGCAAGAGUCAUCAGUGACUGGGAUUUGUUCCAUUGGGAUGAGGAUGAGGAAGAACUUGCUCUUGGGCUAAUAUACAAUCCUGAAGUACCAACGGUAAAAUAUCACUAUUCAUUUGUGCGAACAGGAGUAGUCCUCUUCUUGGCAUGUAUUCUGAUCACUAUUAUAAUCUGUAUUGCACUUGGCAUUGUGGUAUUUCGAAUUGCUGUUUCUGUCUCACUGUUGAGAGCACCAUUGGCUAUAGUGCGUGAAGCUGCUAAACCAUUGGCUGUAAUGAUUAGUGCUGUCUUGCACUUUGUCACAAUUCUAAUCAUGACUAAGGUUAGUUAUGUUGUUGCAAGGAAACUAUGCCAAUUAGAAAAACAGCGUACUGAAUUAGCUAAAGAAAACAGCUUUACUGUAAAAAUGUUCACGUUCCAGUUCUUCAACAUGUUUGCUUCCAUUAUUUACACUGCGUUUUUUCUUGGAAGAGUCAAUGGCUACCCGGGUAAUUAUGUGAGAAUAGGGAAGAAGUGGCGACUAGAAGAGUGUCAUCCAAGUGGUUGCAUUACAGAUCUUUUUCUACAAAUGUCUGUUAUAAUGGUGUUGAAGCAAGUGCUAGGCACCACCGUGGAAUACGCUGUCCCAUACUUUAAAUAUAAGUGGAAGUGUCAGAAAAGAUUCUUGCGUGACAAUGUAGAGGACAUAACUAAUCAUUGGAUCAGAAAUUAUAACUUGGGUGACUUCGACUCCUACUCUGUGUUCAACGAGUUUUUAGAAAUGACAAUUCAAUAUGGUUUCACCACAAUAUUUGUUGCAGCCUUUCCAUUGGCUCCAUUACUAGCUUUUCUGAAUAACGUAUUUGAAAUUCGCUUGGAUGCCAGAAAGAUGAUUUGGCAUCUCAAACGACCAAUACCACGGAAAGCAAAAGAUAUUGGAAUAUGGUUGAAAAUUUUGGAAGUAAUUGGUGUUCUUGCUGUUAUUGGAAAUGGGUUGGUGAUCUCCCUCACAUCAAAUUUCAUUCCUCGACAAGUGUACCUUUACAAGUACGGUCCAUGUGGGAAUCAAACUCAACAUAAAAUUGAUUGUAUGACUGGGUAUGUUAAUAACAGUCUCUCUAUUCUCCAUCUGAAGAAUUUUGAGGAAACGAUCUAUUCUGAUGAUGGGUCAAAAUUGUUAGGAUAUCCGGUAACAUAUUGCAGGUAUCAUGACUACAGAAAUGAAUAUACCCAAGAUCGUACUGUCCAAUAUUGGCACAUUCUUGCUGCUCGUUUGGCAUUUUUAGUGUUAUUUGAGAACAUUGCGGUUUGCAUCAAGUAUGUUGCAUCUUGGUAUAUUCCUGAAAUCCCAGUUUCAAUCCAAAAUGAAAAUCUACAGAGGACAUAUGAGCAAUUAAAAGAGGAGCUGAAGAUGAUUCCAAUGAAAAGUGCAGGUACUUCAGUGGCUAACAUACAACAUCGUCAAAUGAUCAUUUAA